UCACGUAAGGUUUACGUAGCGUUACGCAACAUUGAUUCGUAAAUAUGUUAAAGUGAAUAUCUGUUUAUGUGUUUCAUUCACUGGUGAGAUAUCAACAAAAGAGAACGGUUGUAUACGGAAGGAAAUAAUUUUAACUAGUUUCGUAAACCUGUAAAUCUAUUCAAAAUGCCGACAUGGGGAGGUGGAAAGAAGUGUGGACGUUGUGAUAAGUCAGUGUAUGCAAAUGAGGAAAUAAUCGCAGCAGGAAAUUCUUUUCACAAACGAGGCUGUUUUACUUGUCAGGAUUGUAACAAGACCCUUGACAGUAAUACGGUCGCUGAACAUGAGGGGAAGAUCUAUUGUAAAGGUUGCUAUGGUAAAAAUUACGGACCGAAGGGAUACGGAUAUGGUGGUGGGGCCGGGGCUCUUACUAACACUGGAAAAUAGACCUGCUGGUCAACUGGUGGUCAACUGUUGGUCAACUGUUGGUCAACAAUACGAUAUUUAUUAUAAGUGAUAUUUGUUAAAACCAUAUCUCUCGAAAUGUUGGACACAGACAUUUUUAUAUGUUAAUAUUUCACAAAUUAAUAUCCUCUUUAUAUGUUUUUUAAUAUUUGUAUUGUAUUUUCUCCAAAAUUUUAUUUUUUGAAGUCUAUUCACAGCAUGAAGUUGAGAAAAUUUAUUUAUUUUGUAUUAGAAAAAGUUAUACCGACAACCCUUCGGCAUAUAAUAUGCCAUAGUACAAAAAUAUCAUAAGUUAAAUAAUAGAGGAUAUUUCAACUUCCGGGGUUUCGUAUUAAACUUUUUACAACAGAAUGUUUCUAUUGUGAAUAAAAGCCAUUAAUUCCAUGUUAAAUUUAAUUGUAUUUUCAUUUUCAAAUUAAACUUUUAAAACUAA